GCGAUGUCGCUCCAUUAAUCACACGACAUCGUCGCGCAGUAGUUUUGAGGGUCGGGCAUGCAGUUAAGCUCGCUGGUUUCUUCUUUACCGGACAGACAACAUGGCAGAUAGCGGCGGCACGAUUCGUGGCACAGGACUCUAUAACGUAAGCAACACGUGUUAUCUUAACAGCGUUCUUCAAGCCCUCUGCCACGUGAGAGGGUUUCGCGAGUGUUUACUCAGCGACGAAGCCGGGACAUAUUUGUACGCGGCAGGCAAGGCAGGCGGGUCACUCAACGCGCCGAGUCCCACUCCAACGGAUGAGAUCCUUUCGUUUCCGGGGUUCAAAAAGCGGCGGAAGCGAAAGCGCGGAGAGUCGAGUGAUGGCGAGGAGGCAGUUGUUCCCUUCCUACGUCCACCGGCGAUGACGAGGACAGGCAAAGCAAGUAUAGCUGCGGCAGAUCACGCGUGCCUCGGAGGGGAAUUGCGAGCAGUUUUGAGAACCCUUUGGUAUGGUGAAUAUGCGGCUUUUCCGCCUUAUCGGCUGCUGCGAGCUGUUUGGACGCUAGUGCCUUCAUUUGCGGGCAACCAGCAGCAAGAUGCUCACGAGUUGACCAGAUUUUUGCUAGAGCGUCUACGAUUGGAGUUUGUACGAGGCAGUCAACUUAUCGCCGCACAGGCUGCGAAAGAAAGCGGGAGGAUCCUGCCCCGUGGAAACGAACACGGUAUAGGCUCAAAUUUGAUGGGCAAUCUUGGAAUACCUGUGCCGAUUAGGCGUACACGAACUUCGAGGAGCAGGCGGCAGCUGCUCGGGAAAUCGUGGUCUAGUAGUGACGUCGACUGUUCUUACUACCCCGCGCAGCAUUGUGUCACCGAAACCAUCGGUGAAGCAGAGGGAUUGGCGAGACUGGGAUCUCCUACCGUAGGAAACAAAAGGAGAAGUACCUUGUCAUGCAAAGAAAAAGUGGCAAUCGAAAAAGCUGAAAGUGAUGGACACGUCAUCAUUUCACGCUGGGGUGCCGUGCGCCACAAGAAAGGUUGUUUCUGCCGUCCGUGUCUGUCAAGAAGAAGAAAACAGGGAAAGGAUGACAACCUGACAUCCUCGUGUAGAACUUUUGAGCAGUCGUCCGAGGGUCUCCCCGAUGACCGAGGUGAAAAACGAGAUGAUACAGUUUUUCCUCAUGCCAUUCAUCAUGAUUCAAAACCUGGCAGCGCUGAGUUGAAACCCAAAACACGAGCAGAUCAUAGCAUAUCUGAGGCAAGUCGGCGUGGAUUAGAGUGUUUAUCUGUCAUGAACCGUGAAUUUGGAUUGCCUUUAGAUCCGGUGUGGCGCUUAUUUGGUGGAACUGUUCUUAACCUGAUCCACUGCCUUCGAUGUGGUCAUACAAACACUUCUGAGGAGCCCUUCUUGGACAUUUCUUUGACUAUACCAUCAGUUAUCGAUGCCCACACCCGAGUUUGCUUUUCGAAAGAGAACAGUCGUCCCUCUCCGGAAGCUGGCGAGACAGUAGAGCCAGGGGAAGGACCCGGUGGUUGUGCCACACUCCAGCAGUGCUUAGCGGUGCAUACUCGCGACGAGAUUCUGUCCGGCUCUGCAAUGUAUUCAUGCGAUCAUUGCGGAAGCGUCGCUAGCACCGUUAAAAAGACCAAGCUACAGUCGUUACCGCCUGUUCUCUGCCUGCAUCUCAAACGAUUCACCUGGCGCGGUUCAGAACACGAGUCAAAACUGAACGCCCACGUAGAUUUUCCCCUCGAAAACUUGGACCUGGCUCCAUACAUGGAGUCGGGAAGUUAUGUCAAUGAAGACAGUUGCAGUCCUUCGAUCCGCGCCGUGACCAGAGCUCGGCAGGGAGAGAACGCUACGGUGUACUCGACAGAUCUGUUGAGAAAGGCUGAGAACAAGACAUGUGGGACUGCGAAAAAUUUCCAGAGGGGCUCACCAGGUGGACAAGAAAGAGGUUCUACAACGGCUAGGCAGCAAGGAAUCCAGAAAAUAGCCCCCGCUUCACAUGCGAGCGCAGAUGCAAAGAUCACUCUAAGGUCAGAUCCUUUGUUUUCAAAGCGACCUGUACAUGCCCAAAAAUCAACUUCGCUUCUGUAUGAUCUUUCUGGGGUUGUCGUGCAUCAUGGUCUUGGUGCAGCUAAUGGUCAUUACACCGUUUUCGCGAGAGAAGAAAGUUGCAAGAUGAGAAGAACCGCGCGACAUUCUUCCGGUGAUGUAUCACACGAGAUAUCUGAUGUGGCUUCUCCAGAAGUGUGGCUGCAAUUCAACGACGAAAAAGUUGUGCAAGUCACUCGAGAAGAAGUCAAGCGGUGUGAUGGGUACAUUUUCUUCUACACAAAACAGUCUGAUGAGAAAUUCACAAAUUAAGGCAUGUUCCCUGCUCUAGAACUUUUGCAAGAUGAAGUUGAUGCCAUGUUUCAAUUGAUCACGACUAGUCAAGCUGGAUUGAAGGUCGUGCCGGUGGUCAGAUACGAACUGAAUGAUGGCCUCCAAAUUCGUGUCUCAACAGGAAGAAUGCCACUCGUUUUAAUAUCCGUAGGUGCCUCCCUGUGAGACUGAUGAACAGGAACGUUCGGUUCCGGGAGGCUGAUUUGGGACGAGUCUCGAUGAAGCUUCAGUGAAGCCUCGGUGAAAGACGCAUUAAGAAGGGCUACUUAUUAUGGUUUGAAGCUGAAUUUUCAUCGAUACAUCGGUCAACUUCGACGUCUACCAUCGCCUCAUCAGAAGACGCCUUGGCGUCGACUCUUCGUUCACAAGUGGCGUGCGUGUGAGGACGACGACUACGUGCACGCCAAGCGCAACGAUAAGGACGUCCCGCAGAACAAUCGUCGUCCAAAGACACGGAAGGCGUCGCACAUUUUUGUUAGUCUGCAAUAAAGUAACAAACGACAACCGUACGGUUGUUUUGUCUAUGACUUUUGCAAAUGAUCGAGCUCUCGACCAAUCAAAAGACGAUUAAAUAUAACACAGGUCG